AGAAGAGCCUGGGAGCCGCGCGAAGACGUGCUCGCUGCUUCCCUCACAGUUGCUCCUUCGCCGGUCGGUGGAUCGACCACGUACCGUUGCUCUUCCUGCCGUGCUUCUCAUCGUGUGCCGCGCGCGCGCGGCUUGGUGGUGUGGAGUGAACGGCUUGGGCAGCGCGCGCGCGUAUUUUUGCACAAAAAAGUGCGCGGCGUUUCAAUCAAGCCGAUCAUCGGGAGGUGGGAUGAUGGUUUACCGCCAGCUCGCGCGGUAUUGCUCCUGUGACGUUUGUGUCAGCGGGACUGUCCACUACCAUCGACGAGUCGGAGUGCACUGAGAGGCCGGCUCUUUUUGUGUUGGGUGUCUUCGCUCCACCACGGAUUGAUCGAUUGAUCGGCUACCUCUUGUGAUACGGAUCGUACUACCCUUGUUCCUUUUUAUUUUAUUGUUAUCCUCGUGAUUCCCUUGGAUACACGCCGGGUGCCUUUGUGACGCGAUGGCGACCUGUCGCCGAUUCCUUUGCGCCGCGGUGUUUCUGCUGAUCGCCGAUGCCACUGUUGCAGUGCUGACCGUUUCCCUACCCAACUAUUCAAUAAGGCCACCCCAGUUGGGCAGAGAGCGCAUCCGGUAUACGACGGAGUACACGUGCGAAGGUCGCGAGCUGAACAUCUCGUGCCCGGACAACUACCAGAUCCACCUGGUUCGCGCCAACUACGGCCGGCUCAGCAUCGGCAUUUGCAACGACUUCGGUCGGCUCGACUGGAGCGUCAACUGCAUGUCCUACAAGUCCUUCCUCAUCAUGCAGGACAGGUGCGCACACAAGUCAAGUUGCGGUACGCACGUGUCCAGCAGUCUCUUCGGGGAUCCCUGUCCUGGUACCCUCAAGUACCUGGAGAUGCAGUACCACUGCGUGCUCGCUACCGCUUCACCGACGCCAUCCGGGGGUGCCAAGGAGCACCCGAGGCCUCCGCUUCACGGUCCGGCGGUGACGAACACCACCUCGCACCCGCAACAGCUGGGACCGCGGGACCGCCCCACGGCAUCGCCCAACCUCAACGUCCCCAAUAUACACAGGUCCAAGCAGGACGGCUACGCCCCGGUGGCGACGUCGAAGCGCCCGGCGCCGAGUACGACGGCUCCCACCACGACGACCUCGACGACCACGACGACUACGACGUCGACCCCUGUGCCGACGACGUCUCGUCCGGCGUCGACCACGUCGGCUUCGCCGAUGCGACCGGGCGUCGGGGGAGAAGACGACGACGACCUCAGGCCCGUGCCAGACAUGCGCGACUUCAACCGGAACCGAUACCCGACCCCGGACUCGAGGCCGCCCUGGCACGAAUUCACGCCUUUCGCCACGGGUCAGCCAGGUGGCGCGGUCACCGAGGACCCGUCGUUCGACGCGACCCCUGGCGGCGGCGGUGCCGAGGAGUACUGCGCGCCCACCACUUCCCGGGAGCUCUCGUGGAACUGGACCAGAGCUGGAAACACGGCUGUGCAAAAGUGUCCCGGCGGAGCCACCGGUGUGGCGAAGUGGAAGUGCAGUCGCGUCGGUCUUCGCUGGGUUCCAGACAAACCGGACCUCCGCCUCUGCCGGUCCCUGUGGGUGGAGAACCUCAGAGAGAGACUGGAGAGCGGCGAGUCGAUCAUCAGUGUGGCGAUCGACCUGUCGCUGAUGACGCAAACCAAGUGGCUUUUCAGCCAGGACGUCAAGCACAUCGCAGCCAUUGUGCAGCAGAUGCUCUCCAAGGCCGUCAGCAGCAUGGAGACAUUCCUGGAUGCCUGGCACAGGGAGCAGGUCUUCAAGGAACUGCUAGACGCCAUCUCUGAAACGGCCAGCAACCUGCUGGAACUGAAGCAGAGGCCAGCGUGGCAGGACCUGAGCUCGGCUGACCAGAAGCAAGUGCUGACCAUGCUCAUGGCAGCCCUGGAAGAGAGUGCUCUGCUACUGGCCGAGUCGUUCUCGAGCGAGUCGUUCUUUCCCGUCGUCAAGUCCAACAUACUUCUCUCAGUGAAGGUGAUUGACUCUCGAUGGACGAUGAACAUUCAGUUUCCAUCAAUGAGCGAGACGCAGAGUUUGCAGUGGUCCGGCAUGCAAGACUCGGUUCUUCUACCUGUGGAGUCCAUAGCCCAGUUCUCAAAGCAUGGUCUCGGCAAAGUUGUGUUCAUUGCAUACAAUGGUGUCGAGAAUUUCCUGAGGCCGGAACCAAUGGUCAGGCAAGGGGUGGAUGGCUACAUCAGUGAUGACGGAUACAGUGAACAGCCGAAUGUCGUCUUCAACCCUGGCACACACGUUGUCAAUUCACGCGUAGUGGCUGCUUCGGUGGGUCGCCAUCGCAACAGCCAUCUUCCGCAGCCAAUAACCGUCACCCUGAAGCACCUUCAGGAAACCAAUGUCAGCAACCCUCAGUGCGUGUUCUGGAACUACGACAUGCAGACGUGGUCCACCGAAGGCUGCUGGGUGCACUUCUACAAUUCGACGCACACAACCUGCGCUUGCGAUCAUCUCACGAACUUUGCCGUCCUCAUGGAAGUGCAACCAGUCCAGGCAUACAGUACAAAUCCCAGGACGCUGAAGGUGAUCACGACUGUUGGAUGUGUCCUGGCAAGCCUUUUUCUGCUAGUGACCAUCAUACUACUUCAUAUAUUAAGCUUCAAGAAGAACGACCGGCUUUGGAUUCACAGAAACCUCACCCUGUGCCUGCUCAUCUCCGAGUUUGUCUUCAUAGGCGGCAUCAGCCAGACUCACCUGCCAGUCCUGUGCGGGGUCGUGGCCGGUCUGCUGCAUUAUUUCCUGUUAGUCGCCUUUGCCUGGAUGUUCCUCGAGGGCUUCCAGAUCUACACGGUCCUCAUGGAGCCCAUGGACAGUCACCGGUCGCGCCUGUGGUGGUUCUGCAGCCUGGCGUACAUCGCACCCGCUGUCAUCGUCUCCAUCGCGGCCAUCAUCGAUCCCUACAGCUUUGGCACCUCCAGCUACUGCUGGCUGGAGUCGCAGAACUACUUCAUCUUCAGCUUUGUCGGGCCUUGCGUGGGUGUUGUCUUUGGCUGUGUCAUCUUCCUGUGCAUCUCGGCCUGUGUCCUGUGUCACCAAGGGAGCACCACGACUGCGGUCAAGUGCAAGGAGGAAGCCAAGCUCCGCAGAGUUCGAAGCGACAUAUGGUGGGCUGUCUUUCUGGUGGCAAUCAUGUCUCUCGCCUGGGGCUCGGGCAUCCUCUACGUCGUCAAGUACACGGCCAUGUUUGCCUACUUGUUCUGCAUCUUCAACAGCCUACAGGGGGCCUAUGUGCUCUUCUUCUGCUGCUGGAAGAAUGAAAUGGUGCAAGAGGAAGUGCAGCGGGUCUUGAAAAACGUGCCCUGGCUUCCCGAGUGCCUGCGACGUUCUUCCGGGAACGACGACAACCCCCCGCCGCACGUGCUGUCCAACGGCACUGCAGCUCAGCUCAGUGUUGUCCAGCAGUCUUGGAACUCACAGGACAAAAAUUCUACAGUUACCCCAAAGUUCACCAUACCAGGUCACCAAUCUAUGGACAGAGUCAGCAACAACCGCAGCCUGGCACUCGCUUCUCCCGAUGCUAGUAGCCGGAUACUGGAGCAAGGGCAGAACAACAUUAACGCCCUGAGCCAAGUUUCCGGUGGCACGCUGCACCGAAGCUCGGCCAGCAACAACAUAAGCGGCAUCAACAGUCCUGAACAGCAGCCUUCACACCCCAACAAGCUCCAGCGCACCCCAAGCCACCUGAAGAGCGGCCAAGCGGCCCAGAACGGACCCCAUCACCGAACUUGGGCUCACAGCCGGAGGCCGGGACACUACUCGGAUUCGUCGAGCGUCUACAGUGCGUUUGCAGACCACAUCUAUGAGUCCAUCGACGGUGAUGCCUCCUCGGUCGAUCGGCUGUCCGACGUCCCUCCGCCGCCCGCGCCUCCCCAGUCCGAGGCCUUCUACGGAGACCUGUCUGACAUGAGCCAGCACUCGUCGUCCAGCUACGGCUACGACCAGCGGCCACUGCUCGUCACCCCGCUGCCGGGCAAGUACCAGGCCACGCCCCUGGCUCACGUCAUGCAGGGUUUUGCCAGGGACUACGCCUCGUCCUCGCCGGAGAUGCCGCGCUACGGCACGGACCAGCAGAGGCACUACGGCUCCGGCCGUCGCAAGCACGACAUCAUCGGCUUCAAUGGGCCUCCCUACUCGCCCAAGAUGCUGUACGAGGCAGCUCUGGCGCAGAGGCUAGAGGACGCCCCAACUAACUUCUCCUCGGACUCGGGCAUGGUUGCCGACAGCGAGGACUGCUGGGGCACGUCGCCGACGCUUCCGGACUUGUUGCACGGCCCCGUCGAGAGCAACCCUGUGGUGAUGGCGGUGUUGGACGGUGAGAAAGUGGUGAGCAGGAUUCGUCCGGACGCCAUGAUGACGACACCAUCGGAUCCGAGAUUACAGCAGCAGCAGCAACAGCCACAGCAUCCGCAGCGAUACAACCUCAGCACGUAUUGCUAACCGGAGUCGUGUGUGUGUGAUUCGCACGUGCAUGCGCAGGUGGGCAGUGCGCGUGCGUGUGUUCUUUUUUUUUUGCCUGGUUAGAAAUUCUUGUCGCAUAGGACUUUUACGAAGCAAUCGUGUACUUAAAUGAAGAAGGACUGGCACUUACGAGGGACGGACUGUGUGUGUUCCCCAGUCCACGCACCCGUCCACGAGCGGACUCUUUGGUGUCUCGGAGGAAAGCAGGUGUAGAAGAGAGAGAGAAGCCGGUUCCGUGAAUCCUAAGCAUCUAGUCGUCGAACACAAGAGUGAAGGGAGGAGUGCUAGUCGCUGGCGAGAGCAGAAUUGGUGCAGCCAUUCUUGCUCGCCGCCCGUGAUCGGAGGUGGGGCACGCACGUCUCUCGACUCCUUAAUUUAAAGAAGCAAAUGACGAGAGACUGAACGGUGCUUUUUGCUAAGAAGCCAGGUCGAAUCGACGGCUUUGUACAUUUCUUUUAAUUAUUUGCUGUAAGUACAAUGUAAAUUUAGACUUUUGCUCUUGUAUUUAAAUGUCCUUGUCUUGUGUUGUCCUUCAUUUUUUAAAAUUCCUCUGUCACGAGUGAACCCAGGAGAGAAUCAGGCAUGAGGCCGGUAGUUUUUUUUUUUUUGUCGGUGUUCUGUAAAUAAGGCAUGUGAGAGCUAUUUUCGCAGUUUCGUAAGUCACCCACUGCUACAAGCAAAGCGUCACCAAAUCACCGACAGUGCUGUACAUAGUGUAACGGAACAAACAUUGGUCGCACAAACUCUAUUUUCUUGCUGCCACUUUCACUCUUUGUGCGCAUGCAUGCCAGGCUUGCAAUGCGUGACCAGUCCACUUUAAAUCUCUCCGGUGUUAAACGAGAUCUGUUUGUGGAGAACAAAGGGCCGAGCGAAAUAAAACUGAAGCUUGGCUCAGGCGGCAUUCAUGUCAUUCUUUAAUCAUCACAGUGUGCUGUCACGUUUCGCGUCUUGAAUAGUGCUCCCGUUGAAACAUUCCUGUAACCACCUCCAAUUUGAAGCACGCUAGCAAUUUACAACAGCCUUUGCCUCGGAAUAUGAACUAAACAAAUAUUUCCCGUACGAGCCUGCACAGACGUUUGCAGCUGUUCUGUGAUCCCAAUCAUUGCCUAAGUUAUCCAGAGAAAGGACAUUGUGUGUGUCUGCAUUAAGAAGACGUUUUUCUUGAGUGAUCCGAGACUGCCAGAAGCUGUUGUUUAUUUAAGAUGUUGGAAGUUCUUGCUGUGAUGUCGCGGCUCGAACUAAUAGCAGUCACUUGUCGGCAGCAUGGGAGGUUGAGUGAAGUCGAAAGGUCUGUGGCCUUUCUAGCACUUGUUGUACAGAAGUGUGCCAAAUAAAAAAAAUGUUUCAAAUCUUGCAAA